CCGCGGCACACGGCACUUCCAGCGGGUUGCGUAACCCCCCGGUGUCGGCUGCUGCUGCGGGGCGCUGCGUGAAGCGGCCAGUUUGGGUCGGUGCUGCAACCACCAGUUUCUCCACUUUAAGAAAGAGUCAACUUAGUUGCACAAGUGUUUCCCCUGGUAGUUUUUGUUGCAAUGAGCUUUCAACUUCUGCAUCCUCCCAACGUCGAACCGUCACCUCUUCCCACCCCGACCACCUCCCUCUUCAGACGGGUUGCAAUUUGCACACGGCUGCGUUGGUUAUUUGCACUAAUUACGAUGUAGGAUGGGUGCAAAUAUUCGCAAUCGGCGUGUGGAGAACCAGCAAAGCUUCAGCCAGAGAAAAGCGGAGUUGAGUCUGUGAAAGGUUUUCUUUUUUCCCACUAGAAAUUUGGGUUUGAUAUUUCCCUCCAGUGAUGUUCAAAAGCAAGGAUCCGGAGAGACGUCACAUUUUGGCAGAGCAGAGCAAAGCGUACACCCUCCCGGGAAGUGUGCCAAACCAUGAAGAACUGCAGAAGGAUGGGACUUUCAAGCAUUGUCACGAUAACAGCUUCGCACAGCAGGACCGAGAGACGGAGAAAAAGGUCGCCAGGAGGAGGUUGUACGUAGUUUCCAUCGUCUGUCUGCUCUUCAUGAUAGGCGAGAUUGCUGGAGGAUAUUUGGCAGGAAGCCUCGCAGUGAUGACGGAUGCUGCUCACCUUCUGACUGACCUAGCCAGCUUUGUCAUUAGCUUGUUUUCCCUCUGGCUUUCCUCUAAACCUGCCACACAAAGGCUCAGCUACGGCUGGCAUCGUGCAGAAAUCUUGGGUGCUCUGCUGUCAGUUUUCACCAUCUGGGUCGUCACAGGAGUGCUGGUUUAUCUUGCUGUGGAGCGCAUCGUCCAUGAUGACUACGAGAUCCAAGGCCAUGUGAUGCUCAUUACCUCAGGCUGUGCAGUGGUGGCCAACAUUAUAAUGGCUUUAACUCUUCACCAGUCGGGUCACGGCCACAGUCAUGGCGGACUCGCGUCACACGGACACAGUCACAGUCCCAAGAGAGGAAAAGAAAAGACUCAGACCCCAAACAACAUCUAUUUAAAUGACUGCAUAGACAUGGAAGAAAACCAUGCAAGCAACGGAAAGAGGGCUCACCAGGCGAAUGCAAGUGUGCGAGCAGCUUUUGUGCAUGUGAUGGGAGACCUUCUCCAAAGUGUUAGCGUGCUCGUCAGUGCCAUCAUCAUCUUCUUCAAGCCAGAAUAUAAAAUCGCAGAUCCGAUCUGCACCUUCUUGUUCUCCAUUCUGGUCCUAUGCACCACCUUCACCAUCAUGAGGGACAUCCUUCUUGUUCUAAUGGAGGGUACGCCAUCGGGGGUGAGGUACAGUGAGGUGCGAGACCGUUUGUUAACUGUAAACGGAGUCAAAGCAGUUCACAACCUUCACAUCUGGGCGCUCACCAUGAAUCAGGCAGUUCUCUCUGCACACAUAGCAAUAGAUGAUUCGGUUGAUGCCCAGACCGUCCUGAGGGAAAUGACCCAGGCCUGUUUCUCCUCCUACAACUUCCACUCCAUUACCAUUCAAAUGGAGCGGCAGGCUGACCUGAAGCCUGGAUGUACGCUGUGUGAAAAUCCUAAAAACUAGGAACCUGACGAGACUCGUUUCCAUAGCUACUAGUACGGCCGGGAAAGAUUUUCUUUUACUGCAGCGUCUCAGACAAACUUAUGUUACUGUAUGUUAUGUGAACUUUGUACUAAUUCCUAUAAUUGUGGGUAUUUAAUGACAAUGAGGAUGGCACAAACUGUAAAGAAAACAAUAGUUUGACUCAUUGCAAAAGAAAAAUUACAUUAAACUCUAAUUUGUUCUUUUCUUCUUUCUGAAUUUUAA